CUUAAAUGGCAUCAAAACACGCUGCAAAAACAGUGGACCCGAAGGAUUUGUCGCCGGCGUGGAAAGUGCUGCAAAUGAAGCUCAAUGAAGAGAAAGCGGAGAAAGAAAAAGCUGCAAAAGCUGAAAAAGAAGCGAAUCCUGAAGGAAGUGACGACGGAUUCACAAAAGUUCAGACGAAAAAGCAAAAACAGAAGAUGAAUCGGAAGCGGAGAGCUCAGGAGGCUCUUGCCGCCGCUUCGGAGGUCAAACGAGUUCAUCAUGAUAUUCCGGUGGUUAUUGAAGAUUCAGAAAGAGGAGAGCUGACAAAAGUAAUCGCAAUCGAUUGUGAAUACGUCGGAGCCGGAAUGGGUGGAACAACGGAUAUUUUGGCGAGAAUUUCGAUUGUCAAUGAGCUCGGCAAGAUCGUGUACGACAAAUUCGUGAAGCCAACCGAAAAAGUCACGGAUUUCCGUACUGCGGUGUCUGGAAUUCGCCCGGAAAAUAUGAUAAAAGCGAUUCCAUUUGAUAGAGCACAAACUGAAGUUUCAAAGUUGAUUGAUGGAAGAAUUGUGAUUGGACAUGCUGUUCAUAAUGAUUUUAGGGUUCUGAAACUGAAUCACAUUCGAAAACUGACCCGAGACACUGCGAAAUGCACAAUUCUCAAGAAUAUGGCUAAUCAUCACGGUACCCCGUCACUGAAAAAACUGGCAAAAGAAGUACUGGGAAUUGAGAUUCAGCGAGGAGAACACGAUUCGAUCACCGACGCUCGAGUGGCUCUUCGUCUCUACGAGGCCGUCAAAAAGCAAUGGGAGGCCGAAAUUAAGAGAUAUCGCUAAUUUUUUCAAUUUAUUCUGUUUUUUGUUGUUACUCGUUGUUGUCUGUUUCGUAGAAAGUUUUAUUCAGAAAA